AACAUGGCGUUGCUCGUACGAGUCCUUAGGAACAAAACUAGCAUCACCCCGUGGGUUCCAGUAUGCAGCCAGUUGAUGCCUUUGUCGUCUACCCAAGGACAGUGGGGCAGGAUGCUUUCCGACUCUUCUCAGAAAAUUAAGAUUGCGGCCCUACGCAUGUAUACUAGCUGUGUGGAGAAAACGGACUUCGAAGAGUUCUUUCUAAGGUGUCAGAUUCCUGAUACAUUCAAUUCAUGGUUUCUCAUAACUCUACUUCAUGUUUGGAUGUGUCUAGUCCGAAUGAAGCAGGAAGGCCGGAGUGGGAAAUACAUGUGUCGUAUCAUAGUUCAUUUUAUGUGGGAGGAUGUUGAACAGCGUGGCAAAGUCAUGGGGGUAAAUCCCUAUAUUCUGAAGAAGAAUAUGAUCCUUAUGACAGAUAGUUUCUAUGCGGCAAUCUUGGGAUAUGAUGAGGGGAUCCUUUCAGAUGAUCAUGGGCUGGCUGCUGCUCUGUGGAGAACCUUGUUCAACCAGAAAUGUGAAGACCCCCGACACCUUGAGUUGCUGGUGGAAUAUGUGAGGAAACAGAUGCAGUACCUAGACUCUAUGAAUGGUGAAGAUCUGCUUCUGACAGGGGAGGUGAGCUGGCGCCCUCUAGUGGAGAAGAAUCCUCAGAGCAUCCUGAAGCCUCAUUCUCCUACUUAUAACGACGAGGGUCUUUGA